AUGUCCGAAGAGAAUAAUUGUAAUAUUGUCAAUUCUGUUGAUCGAAAAUUGUCAAAACGUCAAAAAAGAAGAGAAGAUAGACGACAAAAAUUUUUAGAAAUUAGGCAAGAACUGAGAAAAAAGAAGAAAGAAAGGAAAAGAAAUGAAAAGAAAGAUUUUGUUGGAGCAAUACGAAAACAAAAAUUUACAAUGGAACAAUCAAAAUGUCGAAUAAAUAUUGCUUUAAUGGAUGAAAGAACUGUUAGAAAAACAAUUUCUCAGUUAGCUUAUUGUUACGCUGUUAAUCGUAGAGUAAGUGAUCCUGUGCAAUUUUCUAUUGUUGGAUUAACUGGAAAAGCUGAAAAGAUUUUUAAUAGUUACCCUUCUUAUUCGAAUUGGGAUGUUAAUAUUUCAAAUAAAAAUUUGGAUGAAUUAUGGAAUCCAAAACAAAUAGUUUAUCUAACUGCUGAUUCUAACAAUUUACUUGAAACGUUAGAUGAAGAUAAAGUUUAUAUAAUUGGAGGCCUUUUGGAUCAUAAUCAUCACAAAGGUAUUUGUUUGAAAAAAGCUGAAGAUAAUGGAUACGAGCAUGCAAGGCUUCCAAUUGAAUCUUUUUUUAAGCUUUGUGGAAGAAAUGUUUUAACAAUAAAUCAAGUUUUUGAAAUUUUGGUUAAUUUUUGUCAAUAUCUGGAUUGGAAAAAGGCGUUUAUAAAUGUUAUACCUAAAAGAAAAGGAAUUGGUGAAGAAAUUUCAAGUGAAUAUAAAAAAGGAGAGGUUUCUUUAGAAGAAUUAACUAAUGAAAAAAUAAAUAAAACAGAAAAUGAAUAG